AUGUCUAACAAUCUCCGUAUCCUCUACUGGAACUGCCGGGGCGCCUCUAAAAAACGCCUCGAACUCCUUGAAUUAGUUCAAAGGAAAAACAUCGACAUUAUUUUACUCAAUGAAACGCAUCUUAACAACUCCCAACAAUUCAAACUUCCAAACUUCCACUCAUACAUCACUAAUCGCCCCCAACGGCUUGGACAUCCUGCGUGGGGAGGCACUGCCAUACUUAUAAAUCGAAAAAUUGUUCACCACCAGAUUAAGAUCACUACAUCAUCAAUUGAAAAUACCUCAAUCCAAAUUCAAGUAGGCAACAAAGAAUUAAGAUUAUCAGCGGUCUACAAAAAACCUGAUACCCUACUUCUUACUUCAGACCUAGAAUCUCUGCUUGAUACUUCACACUACGUCGCCAUAGCAGGCGACUUAAACGCCAAACACCAAUCCUGGAACAGCAGGAGACAAAACACAGCAGGAAACACGCUCGCCAAUUUCGCAGACAAGAGAAGGGACAUAACCAUAGCUGCCCCGACUUCGCCCACUCACUAUCCUGAUAACCCGACCCACAAUGCUGAUAUACUGGACAUAGCUAUUCUCAAAACAGGGAAUCUAAGGUAUACAAUAGAAAAUCUCACAGCCGAACUUUCUUCCGAUCACACCCCUAUAAUUCUUGAGUUACAAGCCCAAGGCACUCAAACCUUACCACCUAAAGUUUUUAAACAUACAGAUUGGACCAAAUUCAAUCUUGAUACCAAAAACAUAAUCUUUGAUCACAAGAAAAUGCAAACUUCGGAACACGUCGACCAAGCUAUCACUGAACUUACAGCAAAAAUAGCUGACCUCGCAAACAGAAACACCCAUGUUACUAACACAAAAGAUCAAAUCCGCAACCUACCCAUCAACAUCCUAAACGCAAUCCACAAAAAACGCAAACUGAGGAAGAACUGGCAACACACAAGAAACCCAGACGUUAAGACGCUACUCAACAGACAAACAGCCCUAGUUCAUGACCUAAUGCAAUCACACAGAGACAACGAAUGGGUCAACUUUCUGAGCAACAUUGAUCCCACAAAGACGCGGUUCAAAACAGACUCAUCAAAUCCACCGGAAUCCGUUUGCAGUUUGCCGUGCCAAAAAGGCCAAGCUAAGCAGUAUCUGGAGGGCGAAAAAUGCUGCUGGCACUGUUUCAACUGCACACAAUACCAGAUCCGUUCACCCACCGACGAGACCAGAUGCGAAGUUUGUCCCGGAGGCACGUUACCCGAUAGUAGCCGUCAACGGUGUUUGGAAAUACCGGAAGCAUUUUUAAGGGCCGGAAGCAGUUGGGCCAUUGGGGCGAUGGCACUGUCAGUGGCAGGUAUUGCCAUCACUUUGCUAGUGGUUUCCGUGUUUAUCAAACACAAUCAUACACCGAUUGUGAAGGCCGCCGGCAGGGAAGUUUCGUACGUACUUUUGUCUGGCAUACUGCUGUGCUAUCUCAUAACGUUCGUGCUAGUGCUCAAACCCACUGACAUCGUAUGCGCCGUACAAAGAUUUGGUGUUGGAUUCUGUUUCACUGUUGUGUAUGCUGCAUUAUUAACGAAGACGAAUCGCAUAUCACGCAUAUUCAACGCUGGACGGCGAACUGUCAAACGUCCCAAUUUUAUAUCACCAAAAUCACAACUGGUCAUUUGCUCGGGACUCAUAUCGAUACAAGUGCUCAUCAACGGCGUAUGGAUGCUGGUCAGCCCUCCAAAGGUCAUACACCAUUACCCCAGCAGGGAGUCGAACAUACUAGUCUGCUCGUCGUUCAUCAACACAUCGUACGUGAUAGCGUUUGGAUACCCAAUAGUGUUGAUUGUCGUGUGCACCGUGUACGCCGUGCUCACCAGAAACAUCCCGGAAGCUUUCAACGAGUCCAAGCACAUCGGUUUCACGAUGUACACAACUUGUGUCAUAUGGCUCGCGUUCGUUCCGCUAUACUUUGGAAUUGGCAACCAUACUCCGCUGAGGAUAACUACCAUGUCAGUAACCAUUAGCCUUUCCGCUAGUGUAACUAUAGUUUGCCUGUUCUCUCCGAAGUUAUACAUAAUUUUGUGUCAUCCGGAACGAAACGUGCGACAAAGUAUGAUGCCAAAUAUGAAAUUAACGGGCACGAAAACAUUUACAACAUCGAAUACGAAUGCAUUUUGCAACAAUUCAACAAGACGGCGCAGCUCAUUAGCUUAUAAAGAUUCCAGUACCGAUAUGCAGAUAAGCUUGGAAAAUCGAAAACAGGUUCUCGAACGAGCCGUACAAACAGAAGAGACGAGAAUCGUACCAGAAUCGUAA